AUGCUUUAUAAAAUUAAAGCCCAAGUUACAAGAAAUGUUAAGUAUAUUAAAUAUUGCAGUAUUUAUCGUUUCAUUAUGAAUGCAGAUGUAGCAUAAAUGAAAAAGAGAAUUCCGCCAUUACUGCUUGUGAAUAGUAAAGGAGAAUUGUUAGUAAUUUUUGCGAAUAUAUUUUAAGUCAUUAAAACAAAUGUAGAAACGCAAUAUCUGAAUGGUUAAAGAGGCUCAUAACUUUUUGACAAAUAGCAUUGCAGAAAUAGAGGUAAUGGGUUAAACCAAUUGAUUAAAGAUCCAUACUAUAUAUUAAUAAUUAUAUUUUAAGUAAAAAAAAUAUCAUUAAAUUUAAAUCAUUCAAUAAAAUAUUUAAAUCAUGAGGCUAGAAAUGUUUUUAAAUUGAAAAUUUUACUUUAGCAGGUGUACCAAAAUAUGUUUAGACCAUGA